AUGCCCGCGCGCCGGCGUCCACCAGCGGGGUCGCGCACCGAACUCCCUCCGCUGAAGAUUAUCCGCAAGAUCUUCUUGCUGCAGGUUGCAUACUAUGCCUGCGCGACGGUUCUCAUUUUGUUCACGACGGUCGUGUAUGGCGCGCCCUUUUCGCUGGAUUUGAUCUUUGGAUGGGACUCAUUGAGAGGGGAUACAACUAUUGGGUGGAUGUUGGGGUUGGUUUGGAUGUUGAAUUGUUUUGUUAGCGUCAUCUUCCUCCUCCUCUUCGUCUCUCGCUCAAAGCUCGUUCCGGACUUCGCAUUGACAAUCCACUUCCUACACCUCGUCGCCACGACUUUCUACACUCACUCUUUACCCACCAAUCUCCUCUGGUGGGGAUUGCAAUUUGCCAGUGCGGCUAUGAUGACGUUCUUGGGUAUGUGGGCUUGCCAGAGACGCGAGCUCGAGCCUAUUUCUUUCGGUGGGCUUGGCGGUGGCAGUAGUAGCCAAGCUGGAUCUUCGGGGCCUUCUGCUGGUGAUGGUCAGCAAGAGUCGAGCUUUGGCCGGGGCCGUGGCCGUGAGCGCAGCUUGCAGGAAUAUGAAUUGGAUGAUCUGAAGCAUGCUGGUGAGCGUGCGGUAUGA